GUUAAAAAAAAUGGUAUGCCACCAUAUUCUGUCAUUUUAAAUUAUAUUGAUUUUCUUCGCGUUUCGUUAUUUUAUUUUGCAUUAUAAGUAGUACUACACAAUAUAUAGUGCUUGUUUUUCAGAUGUUCGACCUGUUUAUUUUUGCGGGGAUCUUCAUUGUCUUUUUUGUCACCUUUUGUGUUAUGUACCAAGCCAACCUGUACCCAAACUCUCCAAACUCUCGCACUUUCAUCUGGGACAAGUUCUGGCACACACCAUUUUGGCAGAUCUUUGGGGAGCUCUUUGUGGACGAAAUUGGACGAGGACCAUUGUCUGCAAAUUGCACAACAGAUGAGAGCGUUUGGAGACCGCAAGGCGGAACAAAUCGCUGUCCAACAGGCACCUACAUGGUUGCGUUCAUUGGGGCCAUUUACAUGAUUUUGACUCACAUAGUUCUCAACAAUUUGCUGAUUGCAAUGUUUAGCCACACAUUCGCAAAUGUUCAGGAGAAGUCGGGCCAUAUUUGGAAGUACUACUGUUACGGAAUUGUACGUGAAUAUUACACCAGACCCGUGCUUUGUCCUCCUUUGAUAAUUCUGGUUCACAUUUAUCGUACAUUACGAUAUGUGAGGUUUCGUUGUGGAGAUUGCGUGUACGACAACGAGUUUCGACUAAAGGACAAAGAAGGGUUUUACAGUAAACAUUUACUGAAAUUUGCUGAUGCUGCAGCUAAACGGUGUAUUAAACAGAACAAGAACGCACAAACACAAGAAUUUUAAAACACGCGGAAGAAAUAAUAUACAUGAGCUUGAAGCAAUAAUAUACACGACCUAAAGUAAUGAUAUAAACGAACGUGAAGCUAUGACAUGCAAUUCUAACAAAAAUGAUACUCCAGCUGCAACAGCAGGAAACCAACUUUAUUAUAGCAUAUGGUAUUUUAUUUAUAGGAGAUUAUCAAUUUGCCAUAAAGUGCGACAAGCACACUCGCACAACGCAAUUAAAUGUGUGUUUUUUAAUUAUCAUUACCUCUUCAUCACUUUAUAAAGCCAAAAUUUGUGUUGUGUAUAUAUACAAAAAUCGUGAUUAGUGAAAGAGCAUAGUGGUUCUCUUUGUUUCUUAAAAAAAGAAUCGCAACGCCAUGGAAUCACAUUUGAUAAUGCGAUAAUUUGUGUAAAUUGUGUGUUAUGUAGUGUAUAUGCAAUUGGUCUUUAUCAUAAAUAAUAUUCCAGUAAACGUUCAAAUAGAAUUGCUAUCUUAGUAGUGUAAGUGUAGUUUUUAGUUAUUAUUCGUAUAUUUUAAUAUACUAUAAAUACUAUUAUUAAAACACAUUUUACUAGGAAUGAUUUUAACAUGAUUGUUUAUGUAA